UCCCUGUCACGGUUCGGCUCCUCCUCCUAGCUUCAUUCAUUAUUCCUUUUUUUUUUUUUUUUUUUCCAUUCACGGAGGUAGUGAGGCCUAGUCCGAAGCCAUGGAGAGCGCGCUCCCAGCUGCCGGUUUCCUGUACUGGUUGGGCGCGGGCACCGUGGCUUACCUGGCCCUGCGCGUCUCGUGCUCGCUCUUCACGGCCUUCUGGCUCUGGGUUGUGGGUAACGAGGCGGGGGUCAGCCUGGAGCUCGGCGAAUGGGCAGUUGUCACAGGUAGUACUGAUGGAAUUGGAAAAUCAUACGCAGAAGAGUUGGCAAAGCGUGGGAUGAAGGUUGUUCUGGUCAGCAGAUCACAGGAUAAACUGAAUCAGGUCUCCAGUGAGAUAAGAGAACAAUUCAAAGUGGAGACAAGGACCAUUGCUGUUGACUUUUCAUCAGAAGAUAUUUAUGAUAAAAUUAAAACAGGCCUGGCAGGUCUUGAAAUCGGUGUUUUAGUGAACAACGUGGGAAUGUCCUAUGAAUAUCCCGAAUACUUUUUGGAAAUUCCUGAUUUGGACAAUGUCAUCAAGAAACUGAUAAAUAUUAAUAUUCUUUCUGUUUGUAAGAUGACACAAUUGGUGCUGCCUGGCAUGGUAGAAAGGUCCAAAGGAGUGAUUCUGAACAUCUCCUCUGCCAGUGGCAUGUCCCCGGUUCCACUCUUGACCAUCUAUUCUGCAACCAAGGCUUUUGUAGAUUUUUUCUCUCGGUGCCUCCAUGAGGAGUAUAGGAGCAAGGGCAUCUUUGUGCAGAGUGUCCUGCCAUACUAUGUUGCUACGAAAAUGUCUAAAAUCCGAAAGCCAACUCUGGGCAAGCCCUCUCCAAGCACAUUUGUGAAAUCUGCGCUUAAAACAGUAGGUCUGAAGUCUCGCACCUGUGGAUACCUGGUGCAUGCUCUUAUGGCCUCAUUCACCUUAGCCUUGCCUUCUUGGAUUUACUUUAAAAUAGCCAUGAAUAUGAACAAGGCUGUGCGAGCUCACUUUCUGAAGAAAAACAAGAAGAACUAAGUAUUAAUACCUGAUAUCUGCACUGAAUAACUUGGCCAGAUGCUUUUGCCCUGCAAGGAGCCCCACCAAGCCCCCAGAAUGCAUUUGUCAUUUCAACAGUGAACGGACAUGGCUCAGCAUUGUCAUCACUGGGAAGAAAACAAAAGUUGCUCUGAGGAGUUCCUGACAUAGUCCGGUACCACCUGGAAAAAUGUUGAUGAGUAAUAUAAAUGCCCCUAUCAAAUGGAUAUAGAACUAAUAUCACCAAGAACAACUUCAUAGGAAGAAACACAGUUAUAACAAAUCACGGAAUGACAAAAGACAGGCAUAAAAUUCAACCGUUUUCAUCUGAUCCAAGAUGCUAAUGAUCAUUAUACUUGCAUUUUCUCAGAAAUAUAUUAGAAAAAUGUGAUGGCUAGGCACUCUUUUUUUUUUUUUUUUAACACUUUGAGGGAAUGGGGAUUCAUUGAUUCACUUAUGGGCAGACAGACAAGCUGUAAUUUACAUAGAUCUGUAAGAUUUUCUACAUAUACGACCAGUAUAUGUACUUUUAUAUGGAACUCUUCUUUCUUUCUCAAAAGUAGCUAAUGAGGGGCCAGGGAUUCAGCUCAGUGGUUCUGGCACCUGCCUUGCAGGCACAAGGUCCCGAGUUCGAUUCCUGGUGCCUACCAAAAAAAAAAAGUAGCUAAUGACAUAAAAAUAUUUGUGAAAGAAAAGUUACUUCUCACCUGUGUAGCCUACCAAAAUAUAUGCUUUCUUGUAACAUGUAUUAUUUCUCCUUGAUUUAAAUGUGUAGUAUGAUGGAAUUACAAAGGUAAAUGGGCCAAAAUGUACAUUGAAGCUGCCAGCUUCCUCUGGUGCCACUGAAACCCCAAACCAGGAGACAAACCCCAGCCUGCUUUGUUUCUGUUGCACCAAUGUUGCUCGCGAAUAUAACAUAGACUGCUUCUGUAAUAGUAAGAAUAUUAGAACUGGUUCUAAUAAAAAUGAGAUGACAAUCGUGUUGGAUGAAA